AAGGAGAGGGAAGGUGUGGCGCUCCUGCAGCCACUUCCAGCGCCGCCUUGCCCCCCGCAUCGGGCUUUCGACCGCCGACUCUAUCGACUCUCGGACCUGUGCAGUGGCUUCGCGGGUGAAAAAUUCUCACUGUGAAAAAAGAGGGAAAAAAAAGUGAGAAUUGAAAGGUGUUGGAGAGUGACAUUAUUUUGUCUUGGAAGCAGAUUACCGAAUUAAAUAAAUACAAGACAAGAGAUUUCAUGCCUGUGAAACCACGUGACAGUAGACGCUAGUUUCGAUCACAUCACACAGUCAAAAUGUCACGUCCCAACAGCUCCGCCGGGAUGGGCGGCCGGUGGGUCGUGAGCGCCAGCCCCGACGCCCCCGGGGGGAUCUCCUUCAAGGACUUCCUGCCGAUGCCGGACCCCGACCGCUCGACCUGCUGCACUCGCCAGUACUACACCUUCAGCGAGACCGUGCAGCUGGCUAACGAGUGGCUGGGGCGCUACGAGGGAGCUCAGGUGGUCGCCUGCGAGACGCUCUCCUUCGUGGCCAGCGACGUCCCGCGCUCGUGUCUGGCGGGGCCCUGGCCCUCCGUCACCCACCUCAGCGGGCUGCGGGUGUGGCUGAAGAACCCCGAGUACGACGAGGAGUCGGGCUCGGCCAAGGGCCUCCCCGGCCGCGUCCUGCUGAGCUACCGAGACUUCACGCCGCGUCUGGGAGGGAAGUCGCUGUUCAGCCGAGGCUACGAGGACACGCUCGUGCUGCUGGGGCGCCUCAAUGAAUACCUCAGGGACAGAGUCACUCCCGCGCGGAUCCUCUCGGUUCACACGCUGGAUGCCCCCAUGGACGGACUCUUAGACGUCGGCACUGAUACCGAGAAGUCGAGGAUAUCCUACGCGCAGCAUGGGUUUACGAGGUAGGUCGCAGUGCCCGUCGGUCUCAUUAUCUU